AGGGUCGCCAUAUUAGGACGGGGCAGUUGGCAGCCAUCAAGGUCAUGGAUGUUGCUACGGAUGAGGAGGAAGAGAUAAAAUCUGAAAUCAACAUGCUGAAGAAGUACAGCAACCACAGGAACAUUGCCACUUACUUUGGAGUGUUCAUCAAGAAACAACCUCCUGGCAUCGAUGACCAGCUUUGGUUGGUUAUGGAGUUCUGUGGCGCUGGCUCGGUGACAGACUUGAUCAAGAACACCAAAGGAAACUCGCUGAAAGAGGACUGGAAUGCUUACAUCUGCAGAGAGAUCCUCAGGGGUCUAGCUCAUCUCCAUCAGCACAAGGUCAUACACAGAGACAUCAAAGGACAGAACGUGCUGCUGACAGAGAAUGCAGAGGUCAAACUAGUGGACUUUGGAGUUUCUGCCCAGAUGGACAGAACAGUGGGAAAAAGGAACACAUUUAUUGGGACACCAUACUGGAUGGCGCCAGAGGUUAUUGCCUGUGAUGAAAACCCUGAAGCCACCUAUGACUGCAAGAGUGAUUUAUGGUCUCUGGGAAUCACAGCAAUAGAAAUGGCUGAGGGAGCACCACCGCUGUGUGAUAUGCACCCGAUGAGAGCACUUUUCCUCAUUCCACGUAAUCCAGCUCCCAGACUCAAAUCAAAGAAGUGGUCACGGAAGUUCCAGUCAUUUAUUGAAAGCACUCUGGUGAAGAACCACACCCAGAGGCCCAGCACAGAGCAACUCCUCUCCCAUGCCUUUAUCGCAGAGCUUCCCAAUGAGAGACACCUGCGCAUCCAGCUGAAGGACCACAUCGACCGCACGAAGAAGAAGAGAGGAGAGAGGGAUGAGACAGAGUAUGAGUACAGUGGCAGCGAAGAGGAAGAUGAAGAAAGGGAAAAGGGUGAACCAAGCUCCAUCAUCAACGUCCCGGGGGAGUCAACUCUGAGGCGAGAUUUCUUGCGCCUUCAGCAGGCCAACAAGGAGCGCUCGGAGGCACAGCGGCGGCAGCAGCUGGAGCAGAAGCAGAACGAUGAGCACAAACGAUUGCUGCUGGCUGAGAGACAGAAGCGCAUUGAAGAGCAGAAGGAGCAGAGGAGGCGGUUGGAAGAGCAACAGAAGAGAGAGCAUGAGCUGAGGAAGCAGCAGGAGAAACGCCGCUUUGAGGAAAUGGAGAAGAUCCGCAGGGAGGAGGAGAGGAGGCAAGCUGCCAGAGAACAGGAAUAUAUUCGUAGACAGCUGGAGGAGGAACAGAGGCAGUUAGAGAUUCUCCAGCAGCAGCUCCUACAGGAACAGGCUUUAUUACUGGAGUACAAGCGUAAACAGAUCGCGGAGCAGCGGCAGGCAGAACUUCUACAGAUGAAGCUCCAGCAGGAGAGAGCCUACCUGGUGUCUCUACACCAACAGCAACAACAGCAGCAGGAGGGAAGGCAAGCGGAGAAGAAACAGCUUUACCACUUCAAGGAUGCCAGUAAUCCUAAUGACAAGCCUGCCUGGGCUAAGGAGGUCCAGAAGCGGCCAAAUGCUCUUGGUAAAUUGCCUGCACAAGCCAUUAAAAGUCCAACCUCUAGAGAAAACAAGGUUCCUCAGAAAGCACAUAGGUCUCAAUCCGCUAGAGAACUUCAGAUAUCUGAAAAACCACUCCAAGGAGUCACAAACAAAGUCCCCGAAAUUUGCAUUUCCCCAGAUUACUUGACACCCCAAGAUAAGUACAUCCCAGAGCAGAACAAGGGCAAGAUCCAAAUGCAAAACAAUUCUGGCAAAGGUCCCCUUGGGCAUAAGAUAGAAGGAGUCAAGAAGGCAUCAAAGGAUAAGGGUAGUUCUGCAAGAUCACAGGCUAAAGUACUUCAACCUCAUCUCCAGGCUUCAGGACAGGCCCAGACUCCACAGUCUGGCUCAUCUGCUAAGAUGCGCCUAUCGGUGGAGGAGCGAUCUAAGAUGAACAGGCAGAGCUCGCCAGCACUGCAGCACAAAGCGUCCCACCGCAUCUCCGACCCUUCCCUUCCUCCCCGCUCCGAGUCGUUCAGCAGCGGAGGCAUGCAGCCCACCCGCACCCCUCCCAUCCACCGCUCCAUUGAACCACAGCCUUCAUCUCAGAUGGCCCAUCUCAUUCCCGUGAAGACCCACUCCAGCUCCAUGUCCGGCUCUCCUUCUCUGCAAGACCAGACGGGCUUGGCUCUGAGUGAGGGGGUUGGCGUGGCAUCACCAAAGCCUGAAAUGCCCCGUCAGAAUUCAGACCCCAAUUCUGAAACUGCAAGUCUCUCACAGCACAUCAGCGGCAGGGAGGAAAGAGAUCGGGAUAGGACUGCCUGGCUGAGGGAGGAGGAUAUGCCCCCCAGGGUCCCCCAGAGGACAACCUCCAUAUCUCCAGCCCUCGUUAGAAAGAAUUCCCCUAAUGGCGGUGUGGUUCAGGGCCCUCGCACAGGUUCUCAGCUCAUACGAGCCAGUAAUCCAGAUUUGAGACGUUCUGAGCUCUCCCUCGAUGCCAUACUACAAAGAACUUCCUCUAACUCCUCAUCCUCCUCCUCUCCAUCAUCUCAGGGAGGCUCAUCAGAGAGGAGAGGCCAGACCCAGGCAGUUGGAACUCCACCUACUGCCAACGAGGAGGUUAAACCCAAACAGGAUGAUGGUCGUGAAUCAGCCAGACCCAGCAGACCUGCAAGUUAUAAGAAAGCCAUAGAUGAGGAGGAGCUGGACUUAAGUGCUCUGGCUAAGGAACUCAGAGAACUGAGGGUAGAGGAAGGAACCAGGCCUCCUGUGAAGGUCACAGACUACUCAUCCUCUAGCGAAGAAUCGGAAAGCAGUGAUGAGGACGGGGAGGUGUUGGGGCACGACGGGACUGUGGCUGUUAGCGAUAUCCCCCGCAUCAUGCCUGGAGUGCAGAGCGGCUCUGAGUCGUACGGAGGGCUGGCAGAGGACGCUUUGGGAGAUGCCUAUAAUAGCUCCAGGGACAGUACUCUGAUGAUGAGAGAGGCAGAGGAAAGAAGGAGAGGUGGUCACCCUGAAAGUAAUGGGUUCGGCAAUCACGGUAACCAUGGUAACCUCCCUGACCUAGUGCAACAAAGCAACUCUCCCAACUCCACACCCACCACAGCUCUGCAAGAACUAAGUGACAUGGCUGAGUUUGGUUUAAGUGGGUCCAAAGCAUCGUUUACUCCAUUUGUUGACCCUCGUGUUUAUCAAACCUCCCCGAGUGAAAACGAUGAGACCUCAGCAGCAGCCAUGUUUGCCAAUGAGCUGCUGAGGCAGGAGCAGGCCCGACUAAACGAAGCUAGAAAGAUAUCUGUUGUGAAUGUGAACCCUACAAACAUCAGACCUCACAGCGACACGCCAGAAAUCCGUAAAUACAAAAAACGCUUCAACUCAGAGAUCUUGUGUGCCGCACUCUGGGGCGUGAACCUUUUGGUUGGGACUGAAAAUGGUUUAAUGCUGCUUGACCGAAGUGGACAGGGCAAAGUCUACAACCUGAUUACAAGACGUCGAUUCUUACAGAUGGACGUUCUGGAGGGUCUGAAUGUAUUAGUCACCAUAUCUGGGAAAAAGAAUAAAUUGCGAGUCUACUAUUUGUCCUGGCUGAGGAACAGGAUAUUACACAAUGACCCAGAAGUUGAGAAAAAACAAGGUUGGAUCACUGUUGGAGAGCUAGAGGGCUGUGUACAUUAUAAAGUUGUUAAAUAUGAGAGAAUCAAGUUCCUGGUGAUUGCACUUAAGAACUCAGUGGAAAUCUAUGCCUGGGCACCCAAACCUUAUCACAAGUUCAUGGCCUUUAAGUCUUUUGCAGAGUUGCAGCACCGUCCUCAGCUAGUUGACCUCACGGUGGAGGAAGGCCAGAGGUUAAAAGUUAUAUAUGGUUCCUGUGUGGGCUUCCAUGUCAUUGAUGUGGACUCAGGCAAUCCCUACGACAUCUACAUCCCCUCACAUUGUUCCAAACACAUGAAGAUCCAGAGUCAGGUGACACCCCAUGCCAUUGUCGUGCUACCUAAGACUGAUGGAAUGGAGAUGCUGCUGUGCUAUGAAGACGAGGGGGUCUACGUCAACACCUACGGACGCAUCACCAAAGACGUGGUGCUACAAUGGGGAGAGAUGCCUACCUCUGUUGCCUAUAUCCAUUCUAAUCAGAUUAUGGGCUGGGGCGAGAAAGCCAUAGAAAUCCGUUCCGUGGAGACAGGUCAUCUGGAUGGAGUGUUCAUGCACAAGAGAGCCCAGAGACUUAAAUUCUUGUGUGAGCGAAAUGAUAAGGUAUUCUUUGCAUCUGUGCGUUCAGGCGGUAGCAGCCAGGUGUUCUUCAUGACACUCAACAGAAACUCGAUGAUGAACUGGUGAUGUGUCACCUCGUCUGCUCUCCUUCAGUCUCCUACUGGCGAGUCCCACAACCUGCUGUUUCUGCUGCGGCCUAAUACACAUCAGACGAAAUGAACAGACUGACACGGAUCAUCACAUAUGACCUCUUUUUGCGCUCUAGAGACAUUUAUGGAGUAGGGAAAAAAAAAAACAGUCCCAGAAGAGACUAGAUACCCUAGUCUGAACUGGGCCAUGCAGAAGCCAUUGCUACUUAAGUGACUGGCACUCACGUCUUCUUUUUCUUCUUCUUUUGUCCUGUCUCUAAUGUACCACUGCAUUUAAAUGUUUACCCCUUUACUCCUGCCUCCUUUGGCUCAUCAUAUUUCCUAUCAUCUGACUGCCUUGUCUUAUUCACCUAGCAUAACUCAUUCUGAAGAGCUCUGAUGCAGUUUAAUAAAAGAUGAGAAUUGGAAUAGCAGUGGCAAAAUAAAAUAUAUUACAGGACUUCAAAUUCAGUCUGAAUGUCUGUAAUUGAAGAUGCCUGUUUAAUUCUCUUUUCCACCCUUCUCCACUUCCUCGUGGCGCCAUAUUUCUGUACUCUCACCAAACUCGCAUCUAAAUUUCGACACUGUCACAUUUUCCUGACAGACGCAGCGAGGCGCUCUGUUGUGAAGUGGCUCCUAACAAUAUGCAAGUGUAAUAUCCUCCUCCCUUUAAAAUGAAAUCCCUCCUCCAUCCUUUUGUCUUCUCUCGUUUCCUUCUUUCCUUCUUUCCCGCCUCCUCUUCUUCUCUGUACUUUUUAAUAUCUGAAGGUGCUGCAUCAGUUUUACUGUAAUCUUAUAAAAACAAAACAUGUGCGUGUGUGGGGGGGAUAGGGGCUGUAUUGGAGUCAGUGGUACCUUAAUAUUGUAAAAAAUUACAGCACAUCUGUGUGUGUGGGUGUGUGUAUGUGUGGGUACAAAUCUGGGUGUCUUUGACUUGAUGCUGAAGUUUAAAUCGAUCAGAAUCAAAGAAUUGAAAUUAAUAUCAGGCUGAUUUUCAUUCUCUAACCCAAUGUGAUCAAAGCAGCAUUGAGUUUGUUUACAUGCAAAUAGAGUAUUUUAUUGUAUUAGUAUGAAGUUUAAAAGUUUGUGCAUCUAAGCAGCGUGCAUUUACAGAAGGCAAUACAUAGCUUUUGAGUUUUUUUGAAGGGGGGUUGUUUUUCUGUUUUAUUUUAACCUUAAACAAUGUGUUUUUUUAAUAUAUAUUUUCUUGUCCUGAAUUCAGACUUACUGGGAUCUGAGCUACUGUCCCAACUACUGUGUGAAUAUGUAAAGCAUUCACUUUCGAACACUGUGGGAUCCUUUUCUGUCAUGCUCCUCCUUUGGUUUUCUCAUCUAAUUGUGGCUCCUAAAUGUUUGUACAGUGCCUAGCAUGAUGUAAGCAAAAGCUAAACAGAAGCCAAAAGGAUAUUAAGGAUUACUGAUCACAUUUUAACUACUGUCUUACUUUUAUGGUUUUUACUGUUGUAUUAUUUUGUCUUUUGCACCCAAUAGGGAUGGGGGGGCGGGGGUUAUUUUAUUAUUUAAAAGUAACACAGUGCUGAUUAUUGUUUUGUCUUCACUGACAGAGAUAUGCAUUAAUAAAUUUACAUCUAAUUUUGUGCUUUGAAAGCAUUUUCUUUUAUCAAAAACAUCUAUCAGAUUCUAUGCAUUGUACAAAAGUUUUUU